CCUUCCACUGCUCGGGAGCCUGGAGAAGAGAAGGAAGGGAAGGGCUCUGCCGGGCCCCUAGGAAACUGCAAUGGUUCCCCGCUGCCGUAGCUUCUUGACGCCCCUCCAUGGCGUCCGCGCCCUCCGUGCUUCUCCUGUUCCAGGCCCCGUUCCUAGCCCCCAGUGCCUAUCGGCCCCGGAACAGCUGCCGCCCUUCCACUACCGAGACUGAUGAAAAUCCACCUCGGCGGACGAUGAGAGAGGAGAAAAGCUACUGCUGCCGCGGUGCCGCCGGCGACCAUGGCUCCUUCCCCUCGGCCCCCCUAGCCCUGUCCACGACCACGCUCUUGCUCCCCGCCGAGGAGGCCAUCACAAGUGGCUGGUCUAGGACUGGAGGAAACUUUCCAGGAGGGGAGGAAGAGGAGACCCGGCUCCUGCAGCUCCUCCGCACGGCGCCGGAGCCGUCCGAGGCCUUCCAAGCUCUGCAAGCUGCCCUGCCCCGCCGGGGCGGGCGCCUCGGUUUCCCGAGGCGGAAAGAAGCGCUCUAUCGGGCUCUGGGCCGGGUGCUGCUGGAGGGAGGCCUGGAGGAGAAGCGACUUUGCUUGCAACUUCUCUCCGACGUACUCCGGGGUCAGGGGGAAGCGGGCCAGCUGGAAGAGGCCUUCAGCCUGGCUUUGUUGCCACAGCUCGUGGUCUCCCUGCGAGAAGAAAACCCGGCAGUGAGAAAGGAUGCGCUGCAAAUCCUGCACCAGUGUUUGAAGCGGAGCCCCUUGCAAGUGCUUCAGGCGCUCAUACAGCGAGGCUUGGAGAGCACCGAUGCUCGACUCCGGGCUUCCACUGCUCUACUACUCCCUAUUUUGCUUACUCCCCAGGAUCUGUUGUUCGGCCUAGAUCUCACCGAGAUCACUCUAUCGCUGGCCCGAAAGCUUGGGGAGCAGGAGGAAGAAGAAGAGGCCGAGAUAGCUUUUUCUGCACUGCAGCAAAUAGGGGAGCGCCUGGGCCAAGAUCGGUUUCAGUCUUACAUCUCUCGCCUGCCCUCUGCCCUAAGGAGACACUACAAUCGUCGUAUAGAGGCCCAAUUUGGGAGUCAGGUCCCUCAUUAUUUGGAACUUGAGGUCUCAGAGUUUCCUGAAGAUCCCCAUCCCAGUCCGGCAACACCUUCCAGCAGCCACCUCAAGUUUGGUGUCAUUCCCCAGGAACUGCAUUCUAGGUUGCUAGAUCAGGAGGACUAUAAGAGCCGGACUCAAGCUGUGGAGGAACUCAAGCAGGUGCUGGGAAAGUUUAGCCCUAUCUCUACUCCUCACUCUAGUCUUGUAGGUUUCAUUAGUUUAUUGUAUAACUUGUUAGAUGAUUCUAACUUCAAAGUGGUCCAUGGCACACUUCAGGUACUGCACCUGUUGGUGACCCGCCUUGGGGAGCAGGUACAGCAGUUCUUGGGACCAGUCAUUACUGCCACAGUCAAAGUGCUAGCAGACAACAAGUUGGUGAUCAAGCAAGAAUACAUGAAAAUUUUCCUUAAGCUGAUGAAGGAAGUAGGACCUCAGCAGGUCCUGUGUUUAUUGCUGGAACAUCUCAAACAUAAGCAUUCCAGAGUGAGAGAGGAGGUGGUGAAUAUCAGCAUUUGCUCCUUACUGACCUAUCCAAGUGAGGAUUUUGACUUGCCCAAACUGGCUUUUGGCCUUGCCCCAGCUCUAGUUGAUAGUAAACGUAGGGUACGACAAGCUGCUUUGGAGGCCUUUGCUGUAUUGGCAUCUUCAAUGGGCUCAGGUAAAACCAGUGUACUUUUCAGAGCUGUGGAUGCUGUGGAGCUUCAAGAUAAUGGAGAUGGAGUGAUGAAUGCUGUGCAAGCCAGAUUAGCUAGGAAAACUCUUCCAAGGCUAACAGAACAGGGAUUUGUGGAAUAUGCAAUACUAAUGCCAUCUUCUGCCCAGGGCAGAUCAACCCACUUGCCUCAUGGAGCUGAUACAGACUGGCUUCUGGCAGGUAACAGAACUCAGAGUGCACACUGUUAUUGUGGUGACCAUUCAAGGGAUAGUAUGCAGAUGUAUGGAUCUUAUAGUCCAUCUGCUGAUCAGACUAUCUGUACUCGAAGGGUGUUAAGUGCAGGAAAAGGAAAAAAUAAAUUACCAUGGGAAAAUGAUCAACCUGGAGGCAUGGGAGAAAAUCCGACGUCCUGUUCAAAGGAAAUAGAGCAGUUCUCUGCAUAUGAUUUCAUCCCAGCUCCAAAAUUAAGGCUCUCUCAAGGAAUGCCAGUCAGUGAUGAUUUAUGUUUUAGCAGAAAAAGAGUGUCAAGGAAUUUAUUUCAGAAUAGCUUGGAUUUUAACCCAGAGCCGCCUCAUGUAUAUUCUGGUACUGCUAUGUCUCAUCAAACAAGCAUUUCAGGGAAAUGUGGACAACUAGACUUUUCACAGAUGAGUGUAAAAAGUGGCAGUGUGGAUUCUGAUUUGCAAUUUUUAGGAGCAAAUAAUAAUCGUCAAGAUAAAGUGUGUACAAGCCUAAAUUUUGGCAGUAAGACUCAACAAACUUUUGGUAGUCCUGCAGAACAUACUUUAUCAUAUCCUGGUCCCAGUACAAGCCAAGGAACUCUCAUCCUUCCAUCCUAUCCACUCUCAUCACCUCGAACCAGUCCAAAGCACUCAUCUCCUCUUAAUGGUUCUCCAAAGAAGUCUCAAGAUAAUUCUGUUAAUUUCUCAAAUUCCUGGCCUCUUAAGAGCUUUGAAGGGCUAUCAAAGCCAAGUCCACAGAAAAAGCUCUUCAGUCAAAAAUCAGUAGAUGCUUCAGGUAAAAAUGAAGGAGAAAAUUCACAAGAAAAACCUUCUCCAAUACAACUUAAACCUGCAUUGGUGAGAUCACCAUCUUCCCGAAGAGGUCUAAAUGGAACAAAACCAGUUCCACCAAUUCCACGGGGUGUAAGCCUAUUGCCUGAUAAAGCAGAUUUUAUCAUUAUGGAACAUGAAAAAAAAGAUAACAUUUGGAGGAAUGAAAAAGACAAUCUUGCAAUUGACCUUUCUGAAUUAAAUGUCAGAGAUAAGGAAUCAGAUCAGGAAGAGAUGCAGAACUCUCUUAGGUCUCUUCGUAAUAGUGCAGCUAAGAAAAGGGCAAAGCUGAGUGGCAGUACUUCUGACCUUGAAAGCCCUGAUUCUGCAAUUAAACUUGACUUGAAUAUGGACACCCCAUCCCGAUCAUCAUCUCCAAACAUCAGCUCAUACAGUGAAAGUGGAGUUUACAGCCAAGAGUCCUUGACUUCUUCUCUGUCAACUACUCCCCAGGGAAAGCGAAUAAUGGCAGACAUCUUUCCUACAUUUGGAUCUAAACCUAUUUCAACAAGACUCUCCUCUGCAAAAAAUAAGAAUCCUCAUGUAGUGGAACAGAGCUCCACUUCAGGUAUUCAAUCAAAUUUACAGCAAAUUUCCAAUUUUGACUUCACUUCAACAAAUGCUUUAUCAGAAGACUCAGUAGUAGUUGUUGGAAAAGGUGUUUUUGGAAUUUCAAGUUCAGUUCCAGUUACAAGCAACCAAUCAGUGAUACCUUCUGUGGAAAAUGGGGAUACAUUCUCUAUUAAACCAAGUAUUGAACCACCAUCAGGGAUUUAUGGAAGAGCAGUUCAACAAAACAAUCUACCAUAUCUGGAUGUUGAGAAUGAAAAAGAUAUUAAAGCUUCUAUUUCAAAAUCCACUUAUGACAAGAUGAGACAGAAGAGAAAAGAAGAAAAAGAAAUAAGUCAUAAAGAACUUUUCGAAGUCAAAGAUCAUGAAAAAAAGGAGCAUAAUCCCAGAGAACGAAUUAAGCAUACUGAAGCUGAGAAAAUAGCAACGGAAAGUGAAGUGUCUCCAGGGGCCAGAGCACAAUACAAAGAUAGAAUCCCAUCUGUAACACAUAGUCCAGAAGUAAUGGAUCCAUCAGAACUACGGCCUUUUUCCAAACCAGAAGUAGCACUUACAGAAGCCCUACGGCUGUUAGCUGAUGAUGAUUGGGAAAAAAAAAUUGAAGGACUGAAUUUUAUACGAUGUUUAUCUGCUUUCCACUCUGAUGUAUUGACUGUAAAGUUGCAUGAAACAAGUUUUGCUGUUGUUCAAGAGGUGAAGAAUUUACGCUCUGGAGUUUCUCGUGCUGCUGUGGUCUGUUUAGGUGAUCUCUUUACUCACCUGAAAAAGAAUAUGGAUCAAGAAGUAGAUAACACAGUAAAAGUCCUGUUGCAUAAAGCUGGUGAAUCAAACACAUUUAUAAGAGAAGAUGUAGACAAAGCAUUAAAGGCUAUGGUUAAUAAUGUAACUCCAGCACGUGCAAUUAAUUCUCUAAUAAAUGGAGGACAAAGCCAUUUACACAUUGCAGUAAGAAGAUGUACAGCCCAGCAUUUGUCUGAUGUGGUGGAACAAAUGGAACCAGAACGGAUUUUGUCAGGAACAAAAGACCUGGCUGACCGGAUAUUGCCAGCUGCUGCUAAGUUUGCACAAGACAGCUCACAAGAAACUAGGUAUUAUGGUCGAAAGAUGCUUUUUCUCAUGAUGUCCAAUCCUAACUUUGACAAAAUGCUCGAAAAGCAUGUCCCAUGUAAAGAUUUGCUUUAUAUUAAAGAAUCUGUUAAAAACUUACGCCAAAAGGGUUUAGGAGAAAUACCCCUAGAUACUCCAUCAGCUAAAGGAAGGCGUUCUCAUGCUGGCAGUGUUGGAAGUACAAGGUCAUCCUCUAUUUCUAGAGAUGUUUUCAAUUCAGCUGAAAGGGACAUUAUAGACAUACGUGAAAUAAGAAAAACAGUUCCCCGAAGUACUUUAGAAAGUGCUGAAUAUAUUAAGGUCAUAACAGGUUUAUUAAAUGCAAAAGACUUCAGAGAUCGAAUUAAUGGGAUCAAACAGCUUUUAUCAGACACUGAAAACAAUCAAGACCUUGUUAUUGGAAAUAUUGUAAAGAUCUUUGAUGCUUUUAAAUCUCGUCUACAUGACUCAAAUAGUAAAGUAAAUCUAAUAGCUCUGGAAACCAUGCAUAAAAUGAUUCCUUUGCUCAGAGAUAAUUUAUCACCUGUAAUCAACAUGCUCAUUCCAGCAAUAGUGGAUAACAAUCUCAAUUCCAAGAAUCCAGGAAUAUAUGCUGCAGCCACAAAUGUUAUCCAUGCUCUGAGUCAGCAUAUUGAUAAUUACCUACUUCUACAGCCUUUCUGUACAAAAGCACAGUUUUUAAAUGGAAAAGCAAAACAAGAUAUGACUGAAAAGCUUGCUGAUCUUGUUAUGGAUCUAUAUCAAAGGAAACCUCAUGCUAUAGAACAGAAGGUGUUGGCUGUCCUCUGGCACCUGUUAGGCAACAUGACAAAUAGUGGCUCACUACCUGGAGCCGGAGGGAAUAUCCGAACAGCCACAGCUAAAUUAUCAAAAGCACUUUUUGCACAGAUGGGUCAAAGUCUCCUAAGUCAGGCUGCAUCUCAGCCUCCACAGAUUAAAAAAAGUUUAGAAGAAUUGCUUGAUAUGACGACUUAAAAUGAAUUAUGUAUAUUAUUCCGUUAAUGUGUAAUGCAGGAAGAUAGGCUAAAAAUACCUGUUUACAUGAAGACAGAUGGAACCUUUUUAAAAUUAAAUUUUUACAAUACCUAUACUUUUCAAGUAGAAACUAUGUAGAAUGGCAGCUUUUGAUAGCCUGUAAAGCAUACCUCUGUCUCAUACUAGCUCUUAUGAUCAAAUACAUGAAACAAUCAGUACAACACUCACAAGUUCUAUUUGAAAACACAUGGAAUGAAUCCAUCUUAAACAUUUAUAAGGAAAGUCCUGCUCAUUUGCACUCCUCUGUAGAAACUGCAGUAUGUUGCCCUGUAUGUACAAUUAGAUUUGUAAUUAAAAAUAUACUUUUUAUUAUGUAAUCAUGUUCUGAUAUGUCUCAUUACUUAGCUUUAUUUUACAAAAAUGGAAAAGAAGUCAUUGAAAUAUAUGUACCACAAAGAGGGAUUUGUUUGUUACUUGUAAAAAACAUGUAUUUCUUAAAUCAUUCCAUCAAUAUGAUUGUGCAGUAUUAGCUUGCUUUUGCUGAUAUGUUGAUGUAAUAUAUUUGCUUAACUAUUGGGCAUUAUCAUCUAUGUAAUUGUAAGAUUUAAAUGACUUAUAAUAAAAUUGCAUGAUGACAAAUUUAUAGGAAAAAUAUUUUCAAAUAUUUAAAGUACACGUUUGUUUAUGAAAACGUGUUGAAUAUAACUUGUAUGAAAACAUUAAAUUUUCCUCUCCGCCCAAACAUUUAUAAAGGUAUUAUAUCUCUGCCCAAUUGUAUAAUCUUCAACAAUAGUGCCAGGUCUUCUAUAGAUUUUCUUAAGGUUAUCCAGCUACAAGUACUGUACUACAUUUUAAAAAGGAAAAGGAAUGUUAUAAAAUAAAGGGAUUUAUUUCUGUAGAUGUGUGAGGUGUUG